GAUGGGCAACGAUGGGCAUGAAACGGGCAACAACGGUGUGAGACGGGCAAGCACGGGGGUGAAACGGGCAACUGCGGGCCUGAGACGGGCAACCAUGGGGGUGAGAUGGGCAAUAAAGGUGUGAGACGGGCAGUAAAGGUGUGAGAUGGGCAACGAUGGGCAUGAAAUGGGCAAUAAAGGUAAAAUGGGCAACGAUGGGCAUGAAACGGGCAACGACGGUGUGAGACGGGCAAGCACGGGAGUGAAAGGGGCAAUAAAGGUGUGAGAUGGGCAAUAAAGGUGUGAGAUGGGCAACGAUGGGCAUGAAAUGGGCAAUAAAGGUGUGAAAUGGGCAAGCACGGGUGUAAAACGGGCAAUAACGCGUGUGAGACGGGCAAUGAUGAGCAUGAAAUGGGCAAUAAAGGUGUGAGAUGGGCAAUAAAGGGCCCCCCAAACCCCCCAGGACCCCCAAAACCCCUCAGGACCCCCAAAUUCCCCCGCCCCCCCCCGGUGCCGGCCCCGAGGCGCUCUGCCCGCUUCCAACAUGGCGGCCGGUGGUUGCUAUGGCAACGCCUCACGCCGCUGCCAGUGUCCAACAUGGCGCGUUGCCGGGCAACGGCCCCGCCCUCCGUCCUCCGCCAAUCAGCGCGCGCGGCCGCCGGGAGCGAGCCUUCAUUGGGCGGCGGCGCCGCUCACGCGACCGGAAGUCCGCUCUGGCCGGGCGCUGUGAGGCGUCUCGGUGGUCCGAGCGCCCCGCGGGGUUUUCAGGGGAUUUUUGGGGCUUUUGGGGGGUCCCGAAGGGUUUUGGGGUCCCUUCGCUUCCCCCCCUUUCUGCUGCCCCCGAAGCGGCGCCGCCGCCGCCGGCGCGCUCCGCCAUGGCGCAGGCCCGGGGGGUGAACAGCCUGCGCUUCAACCAGGACCAGAGCUGUUUCUGCGUGGCGAUGGACUCGGGGGUGCGGAUCUUCAACGUGGAGCCGCUCAUGGAGAAAGGACACCUGGACGCCGAGCAGGUGGGCAGCGUGGGGCUGGUGGAGAUGCUGCACCGCUCCAACCUGCUGGCCAUCGUGGGCGGCGGCAGCCACCCCAAGUUCCCCGACGCCUCAGUGCUGAUCUGGGACGAUGCCCGGGAGGGGAAGGACAAACUGGUGCUGGAGUUCAGCUUCCCCAAACCUGUGCUGGCCGUGCGCAUGCGGCACGACAGGCUGGUGGUGGCGCUGCAGAGCCGCCUGUACGUGUUCUCCUUCCCCCACCGGCCCACCAAGCUCUUCGAGUUCGACACCCGCGACAACCCCAAAGGGAUCGUGGAUCUCUGUCCCAGUUUGGAACGGGCCUUACUGGUGUUCCCGGGGCACAAGUGCGGCAGCCUGCAGCUGGUGGACCUGGGCGCGGCGCAGCCCGGCUCCUCCUCGGCGCCGGUGGCCAUCAGCGCGCACCAGAGCGAGGUGGGCUGCGCGGCGCUGAGCGCGCCCGGCUCCCUGCUGGCCUCGGCCUCGCGCCGCGGGACCCUCAUCCGCCUCUUCUGCACCCAGAGCCGCGCGCGCCUGCUGGAGCUGCGCCGCGGCACCGACCCCGCCACGCUCUACUGCCUGGCCUUCAGCCCCGACUGCUCCUUCCUGUGCGCGGCCAGCGACAAAGGCACCGGGCACAUCUUCGCCCUGCGGGACACGCGGCUCAACCGGCGCUCGGCGCUGGCGCGGGUGGGGAAGGUGGGCCCCGUGCUGGGCCCCUACGUGGAGUCCCAGUGGUCCCUGGCCAGCUUCACGGUGCCGGCCGAGGCGCCCGGCGUGUGCGCCUUCGGCAGGGCCGGCCGCAGCCCCAGCUCCGUCAUCGCCGUGUGCGUGGACGGCACCUUCCACAAGUACGUGUUCAGCCCCGACGGGAACUGCAACCGCGAGGCCUUCGACGUCUUCCUGGACAUCUGCGACGACGACGACUUCUGACCCCCCCCGGGACCCCUCCCCAGAGCCGCGGGACCCCCCCCCCCAAAACCUGGCGGACCCCCCCGAG